AUGAAUAGUAGAAAUAUUGUAGUAUCCAUUGAAUCGAAACAGGAUAUCGUAGUUCAUAAAACUACCGAAAUGAUAUCUCAAAAACGUAGUUUUGAAGAUGCAGAGAGUAUCACCAAAGACGAGUUGAUUGAUCCUAAUCAAUCUAAAAAUGUGAUCAAAAUUAAACGAUUUAAAAACUCUUACUACAAUGAAACAGAACCCGAAAAACUUAUGUUAAGCCAUAGUGUUGAGAAAUUAUGCAAUCGCGUUUCAGUUUUACCCAAUGAACACGGUGAAAAUAAAGACUUUUCCUUAGUUUACACUCGAAAACGUGGUUCCAGCGUUUCCGAUGAACAAUGUUCAUCAAAUAAAAAAGUAAAACUAGAAGAAAUUGACGACAAAGUCAUUGUGAAGAGACGAGAAAAUACCAUAAAAUUAACGUCGAAAAAAAAUCUUGAAGAAAAUACAGUGCGGACAUCGAAUAAACCAAGACUUUUAACUGCAUUACUAUUGAAUGGUAAUUUAUCAUCAAUAGUAAAUAUAGAUGAACAAAAAUGCAACAUAAACAACACAUGUGCUUUUGAUUCCAUUGCCACAUUUAUAUCAAGGGCUUUUCUUGACAACAGUGCGUAUACAAAUUUCGUGGACGCAAAUUCAAGUUCAGAAUUUUUGAAUUUCUGCAAAUCGAUAGCGUUUAGAGACAGUGCACACAAUUUAAAUUUACAACCAGUGAAAAUAUUGAAGAGAAUAUUUAACGAAGAUAGCGGAGUAUCCAAUUUAAAAAUUAAUAAUUGUGAAUGCAAUAUAAUGAAGGUAAUAUGCGAUUUGUUUAAAGAGUAUCCGUCGGCAAAAGACCACAUACAGUGUUCUAACAAUAGUUGUAAAAAUACGAAUACCUGUAGAAACAAUAGCACUAUCAUUUUGGAUGUAAAGAAACUCGAGCACUUAAAAAAUUUAGAAGGCACGGUAAAAGAAUAUGCUAAACUAAGGAUGUAUAAUUGUGGUAGAUGUAGCGAAAAAGUUGUAGCGAAGAGAGUAUUGAGUCGUUAUCUAUUUAUUGAAACAGACCAAGUCGAAAGAACCAGUCAAUUUACAAUUGCUGACUUUCCACCGUGA